UUCAGAUCAACAGAGAAAAGAGAGGAGAUACUCGGCUGAUAAUGCCAUCUGUAAAAGGGUGGAGUCUCCCAUACAUAACGGUGGCACUAGACAUGUGUCUCUCUCAGAAGAAGAGGAAAACCUGGCAGUACUUCGGCGCCACGUGAUGAAUGAGCUUCUGGAGACGGAGAGAGCUUAUGUGGAGGAGCUGCUGUGCGUGCUGGAGGGCUAUGCAGCGGAGAUGGAGAACCCAGCCAUGGCUCACCUCAUCCCCAGCACCCUGCUGAGCAAGAGGGUCGUUCUGUUUGGAAACAUGUCUGAAAUCUACCAGUUUCAUAAGAGGACGUUUCUAAAGGAACUGGAAGCGUACACUGACUGCCCAGAACUAGUGGGCCGCUGCUUUUUAGAGAGGAUGAAGGACCUGCAGAUCUACGAGGCGUACUGUCAGAAUAAACCUCGCUCUGAGAGUUUGUGGAGACAGUGCUCCGACUGUGCCUUCUUCCAGGAGUGCCAGAAGAAGCUGGAACAUAAACUUGGUUUGGACUCCUACCUCCUUAAACCUGUCCAGAGAAUCACCAAGUACCAGCUCCUGCUAAAGGAGUUGUUGAAGUACAGUAAGGGGUGUGAUGGCUGUGAUGACCUGCAGGAAGCUCUCUCCUCCAUCCUGGGGAUCCUGAAGGCUGUGAACGACUCCAUGCACCUCAUCGCCAUCACAGGAUACGAGGGUAACCUGUCAGAUCUGGGUCGUCUGAUGAUGCAGGGCUCCUUCAGCGUGUGGACGGAGCAUAAGAAAGGUCACGCCAAGGUUAAAGAUCUGGCCCGGUUUAAGCCCAUGCAGCGGCACCUGUUCCUGCACCAGAAGGCCCUGCUGUUCUGCAAGAGGAGGGAGGAGAACGGGGAGGGCUACGAGAAAGCUCCGUCGUACAGCUUCAAACACUCCCUCAGUAUCAACAGAGAAAAGAGAGGAGAUACUCGGCUGAUAAUGCCAUCUGUAAAAGGGUGGAGUCUCCCAUACAUAACGGUGGCACUAGACAUGUGUCUCUCUCAGAAGAAGAGGAAAACCUGGCAGUACUUCGGCGCCACGUGAUGAAUGAGCUUCUGGAGACGGAGAGAGCUUAUGUGGAGGAGCUGCUGUGCGUGCUGGAGGGCUAUGCAGCGGAGAUGGAGAACCCAGCCAUGGCUCACCUCAUCCCCAGCACCCUGCUGAGCAAGAGGGUCGUUCUGUUUGGAAACAUGUCUGAAAUCUACCAGUUUCAUAAGAG